AUGUCUUUGUCGAAGUCUCGUAAAAGAUCAUAUCGAUACCGUGUGAAAUGCGAAGAAUGCGAGAAAGAAAUCGACUCCGACUAUGUAGAAGCUCAUUCCCAAUUUGUUCACAGCGGCCGAAAAGUGAAAUGUCUGCCAGUGGUAGAAUCGUCACAGCUGAAAUUAAGUGGUAUCUCUAAAAGCAGUGCAGCAGUCGAAUCUCCAGGUCAGACACAGGAGGCACCGCUUGUUGGAUGUAGUCCAGAGAGUGAACAACGUACUAUUUCAUCAACAUACGAAUCUGUUGCAAAUAUCCAGCCAGAUCCUGAAUCAAUCGACCAAGAUUCACUUGAUGCGUCAAUUAGAGACGUCCAGGAACCUAGCGAGCCCAGUAACCCGAUAGAUAAAAGCAUUCAAUCAGAUCUCGGAGGGAUUGCUGAACUAGAGCCAGAGUCCUCUACAUCACCUACGUUGACUACAAUGGUACUGAAACAAACUGUUUUACCCGAAUAUCCGGGCACCAAGUUCAGCAGUGAGUCUUUCACUAGACGAUUCCAGCCUGACUGGGAAGUGUCAGAUAUAAACAGAGGAACUUUCUCGAAUUACUCCAUUUACGAUGCAAAGACUUGCCAUGGCUGCAGUCAAAACUCCAGGCGCAGCUCUAGUUGCAUGCUCAGUGGACAUCACCCACCAUCCAAAAUGAGCUACUUGCAAUAG